UGUAGGAGGUUGUCCUCAAGAAGUCUCGACAAGUUCAGACAAAAGUGAAGGUGUGGCGCAGUCAUGUCAUGAGGAGGAGGUCUGAUUGUACCGUUCAAGUGUCACGGGUGGAAACUUUAACACACUGUUCCUAAUGUCUGUCUUCAUUCCACGAGUCUUUUGUGAGCCGAAAACAAAUUAGUUUGUCUGAUCCGCACGGUGGAUUUCGCCGUCUUUGGGGACCUAAGAUCGGCUGGACCCGAACCUUGUGAUUACUGAGGCUACACAUGUUGCUUAUGUGAUCUGGAGGAAUAUAAUUAUCAUAUAAUCUGCCAUGGAGAGAGAUUAGUACCUGCUGGACGAAGAGGUGAAUAUACUUCAGCGUUGGCACUCUGAAUGUCUCACACUUCUUUUCCCCACCCUAUUCCAUCACUUCUUCUACAGCUACCAUGCGCAGAUUCAGCUCUGAGGGAAACCUCCUGGAUCUUGAUUUCCUCCCGUGGAGGAGGGUAGCCCUGAAGGACCCAGAUUAUGAGAAUAAACGACAGUCUUGCACCUACACACCUCACACAGAGGAACAUGGGCUCUAUGGGAACACAGCUGUCCGGACCCCCAUCAUCCUGGAGCCUGGGGAUUAUCCCAGUACGGGGGGAAAGAAGGAGCUGACCAAGGAGAAGAGCGUCAGUGUAGAGGACCUGAUCGAGCUGGCGAAACAGGACAAGCGCCACCUCGGGGUGUGUGUCCUCAAUGAAGGCUGCAGGGCCUACAGUGAUGGCCAGCUGGCCCCUGCAGCCCAGGGCAGCACAGAGAGCAUGGAGAGAGACGAUCUGCCUCCUAUGUCUCCUACUUCCUCCUCCAACCCCUUCUCCUUCAAGCCCCAGCAGCAUAGGCACCACAAUAAACUCAAACUGCACCUCAGGAGUCUAUUUGGGCAGAGUCCUCAUUCCUCCAACUCCAACUUGUCCAACACAGAACAAAAAGACAGCGCUACAGAGAGGAGGUCUCGUCUGCUCUUCAUGCGUCAGUGGAGUCAGGUGGGCCACAGUAAGAAGAGGAAGUUCAGUCGAGAAGAGCUGGAGAAAUGGGCCGAGUCCCUGAACGCCCUGCUGCUCAGCCAGACUGGUGUUUCAGUGUUUGGAGCAUUCCUGCGCUCUGAGUUCAGCGAGGAGAAUUUGCAGUUUUAUCUGGCCUGUGAGCAGUACCGACUCUCGUCUAACAACUUCAGUCUGCAGAGGAGGGCCAAGGAUAUCUGUUCCACCUACAUCACACCAGGGGCUCCGCGGGAGGUGAACCUGGACAGUAAGACCCGGGACCUGACCCUCCAGCUGCUGCAGGCCCCCUCUCACACCUCUCUGUCUCACGCACAGAAACGCAUCUACUCCCUACUGGACACAGACUGUUAUCCCCGCUUCCUCCAGUCCAACAUCUACCUCUCCCUCCUCCGAGAGGCCGACUAGAAGCUCAUGUUGAUGACACACUUGGACUCACAAACAUUGUAGACCAUAAAACUAUGAGCUGCUGUGUGGGAAGUUUGUUUAAAGUGUGUGUGUAAUGCCAAUAGUAGGAACACUGAGUCAGAUUAUCAGAUUAAUGUUAAUAUAUCAUAUAUGUCUGUGUGUUUGCUUCUGCUUCCUGUCUUUAUGCUAGACUAACCUAAGACACAGACAUGAGAUAAAUAUCCAUCAUUUCAUCCCACUUUUGAAAAAAAAAAAAAAAAGGUUUAACAACCUUUUGCCUGCUUGUUGGAUUGAGUUUUGGGAACAUAGACAGGGAGUUUAUUGUUGCCCUCACUUUCACACGGGCUGUGAAACUAUGCAGCUCUCAUUUUAAUCAUUAAACGUCCUCCUUGUGAGCGGCUAAUGUUUCCAAGGUUGAGUAAGCCCAGUCCGAGUUCUCUGCUGACGCAAAGGAAAAACAAGUUCAGCAAGAAAGAGCUGGAAAAGGUCAAGUACUAUGUGAGUUACUUGUAUGGCAAAGGUGGGAAACCUGAGUAAAUGAACGAGGAAGUUGUUUUCCAUCUGUUUCUCAAUACUGUGCUUAUUGUGUUCAAACAAGGCAAACUGUGAUUUAAAUACAUUAACCUUUUAUCGGGCAAAGAACUAUAUUUGGUAACUUCAGGUAAUAUUUCGAGAAAUAAAGUUGCAAAUUUACUA